CACACACACACACAUUGACUCUCACAAUGACCUGCGAGUCAAACUGAGACACGCUAACGUCCCACGGAGUUUGCUGCUUGGACAAAGAAAGAAGGGAAAACAGGGAAGACUUUCAUAGAAGACAAAGAGAAAUGUUCAGAACCAUCACCCGUCUGUUUUUUGGGGGAGAGGAGGAGACCCCUGAAGAAGUCCAGUCUGGAGAGGUGGUGGAAGAAGGAUGGCUUGUUGUCAAUCAUCACGAGACAAGUUCGGCAGAGAACCAGGAUGCAGAGCUGACGGAGAGCGAACCAGUAAACUCUCCUCUUCAUGGAGACACAGUUAUAAAGAUGGAAACUGAUACAAGUGUGUCAGAUACAAAGCCCACAGCUCAGAGCAGCAGCAGUGGAGUCCUCUCUUUUUCUCAGCCAAAAGUCCUGUCAGAGGUCACGCAGGUCACCUCCGUCCAGAAGGCCAAAGCCUGGACAGAGCGACACCACAUGUCCCGUAACGCCAUCCAGCGCCAGAACCGUGUUCACCAAGGAGUCCAACACCACUCAUUCAACCUCCAACAGCCAGGGCAUCGCAACCUCAGCCACUGAAGCUGUGGUUGCAAACCAGGAAAUAACCUAAGAGUGUAAAUCAUUCACAUUAAAAAACACGACAUAACACACACAGCUCAGAGCUGAGGCUUUUGUGAUUUUACUCAUUCUUUUAUUUGACACAUACACUAUACCUCUAAUCCCGAUGCAGCCCAUGACCUAUGUUACCAGGUGAAAGGCAGCUACAUUAUAACCUGUAUUGUGUAUUAUGAAUUUAAAAGGAACACGUUUACCUCAUGAAAUGAGACACACUUUGUUUUCUUGUGCAUUUGAUGAUUUUAUUAUACACGUGGAUGAGACAAGUGCAGCCUUUGCAAAAAAUGUAUCUUCAAACAUAUUGACAAAUUAAUGUGAUUUGUGUAUUAACCUGCAUUAACCCACAUGAAGUUUAAAAAUGGAGCAAUAAAAAAUUUGACUUUG